AGAGGAACAAGAGGAACCAGAACCAUCACAGAUUCAAGAGGAACAAGAGGAACCAGAACCAUCACAGAUUAAAGAGGAACAGAAUGAACCAGAACCUCCACAGAUUGAAGAGGAGCAGGAGGAACCACGGAGCAUACAAAUUAAGGAGACUUUCACCUUGAUAGAGAUUUCUACUUUUGACGAACAAGAGAAGAGUGAAAAAGAUGUAAGCAAUCAGCAGAGCUUGAAUGGAACUGAUAGUCAGGAUGAAGAAGGAAACCAAUAUGAAGAAUCAACAAUAACUCCAGAUGAAGAGACAGAGCCACAGAACAGAGAUCAGAGGAAGAGAAGAGACAGAAGUCAUGUCCAAAGUGUGGACAGCUCUCACAUGUCAGAAAGUCAGUGUGACUCUGAUGUUAGAAAAAAGUCCAAGAUGAAAACUUCUGUCAUGAAACAUAAACAAUCUCCAAAAGAAAAGAGACUUUCCUCUGCAGGGUCUGGUAAAAGAACAAUAAUUCCACACGAUGUGUCUGUUCACAGAACUAAGUCUGAUGAAAGACCUCAUGUCUGUGAGGAAUGUGAAAGGACAUUUUGUUAUGUAUCACAGCUCAAAACACACAUGAGAAUCCAUACAGGAGAAAAGCCUUUUACGUGUAAGGAAUGUGACAGAAGUUUUAUUCGAAUAUCUGGUCUCAAAUCGCACAUGAGAACUCAUACAGGAGAGAAGCAUUUUCCGUGUAAAGAAUGUGAUAAAAGCUUUAGUCGCAUAGCUUAUCUCAAAACGCACAUGAGAACUCAUACAGGAGAGAAGCCUUUUCCGUGUAAAGAAUGUGCUAAAAGCUUUAGUUGCAUAGCUUAUCUCAAAUCGCACAUGAGAACUCAUACAGGAGAGAAGCCUUUUCCGUGUAAAGAAUGUGAUAAAAGCUUUAGUUGCAUAUCUAAUCUCAAGGAACACAUGAGAACUCACACUGGAGAGAAGCCUUUUUUGUGUAAAGAGUGUGACAGAAGUUUUAGUCAAAAAUCUCAUCUCAAAACACAUAUGAGAACUCAUACAGGUGAGAAACCUUAUCCAUGUGAAGAAUGUGAUAAAAGCUUUAGUGUGAAAUCUAAUCUCAAAGACCACAUGAGAACUCAUACAGGAGAGAAACCCUUUUCAUGUAAAGAAUGUGAUACAAGUUUUAGUGUAAUAUCUCAUCUCAAAAGACACAUGAGAAUACAUACAGGAGAAAAGCCUUAUUUGUGUGAACAAUGUGAUAAAAGUUUUAGAGUGAUAUCUCAUCUCAAAGAACACAUGAUAACUCAUACAGGAGAGAAGCCUUUUCUGUGUAAAAAAUGUGAUAAAAGUUUUAGUCUGAAGUCUCAUCUCAAAAGACACAUGAUAAGUCAUACAGGAGAGAAGCCUUUUUCGUGUAAAGAAUGUGACAAAAGUUUUAGACAAAUGUAUCAUCUUAAAACACAUAUGAGAACUCAUACAGGAGAGAAGCCUUUUUUGUGUAAAGAAUGUGAGCAAGGUUUUGGUCACAUGUUUAAUCUCAAAGACCACAUGAGAACUCAUAGAGGAGAGAAGUCUUUUUUCGUGUAAAGAAUGUGACAAAAGUUUUAGUCAAAAAUCUAGUCUCAUAAAUCACAUAAGAAUUCAUACAGGAGAGAAGCCUUUUUCACGUAAAGAAUGUGACAGACGUUUUAGACUAAAAGUUUGAUCUCAAAGCACACAUGAGAACUCAUGCAGGAGAAAAACCUUUUUUUAAAUCAAGGGAAGCUCACAGCAGAGGACUUGUGAAGAAAAGACAAUAAUGGUCUAACUGGGAAGGUUUAACUACUGUGAAAAUUUUUGUUCUCUUAUUUUAAGGGCCAUGUAAAAUAAACUUUUAAAAAUUG